CUGACAUUUUCAUUUCCUGCAAAAUUGCUUAUUAUUCACAAUUUUACUUUCUUCACCUUGGCGUACAUCGCAAUUCACAGAUCAUUUUCCAGCCAGUAAAUCACAGCUUUUGUUUCAUCUGAAUCAUAAAGGUGAUAAUUAAAAUAUUGUUGUAAAUCAGCAGCAACGAUGAUUUCGUUUGAAAUGAAUGAUCGCAAAAAAAUUGGGCUAGGAUUGACUGGCUUUGGGAUCUUUUUCUCAUUCCUGGGAAUCAUUUUCUUCUUUGAUAAGGGAUUGCUUGCCAUGGGAAAUAUUCUGUUCAUCUCAGGAGUGAGUCUAACUAUUGGACCAAAAUCCACUGUGCAAUUUUUCAUGAAACCUCAAAACUUUAAGGGAACUAUUUCAUUUGGUGCAGGCUUCUUCUUUGUGGUCAUUGGAUGGCCAAUUAUUGGCAUGAUUUUGGAAUCAUAUGGGUUCAUUGUACUCUUCAGUGGCUUCUGGCCUACACUGUCAGUGUUUCUGCAGAGGAUACCUAUUCUUGGCUGGGUGUUUCAACAACCUUUUGUUAGAUCGUUCAUGGAUCGCUACCGUGGCAAAAGAGUUCCCGUUUAAAUACACAUUGAUAGAGGUAGAAUGAAUAGGUUCGGUCCCCGUGCAAGUCCUGUAAAAAGACGUCAAACAAAGAAUAGUAUGGCUCCACAACUAAUUUUUCUUUUGGUUUAAGAGGUGGUAGCUGUGUGAUUAUGGGAUUGAAGAAAGACGCGACAAAGCUGCAUAUAGGUUCUAAUUCUGUAAAAAUGACCUUAGCAUUUAUCUUUUUUCCAUGUUUACUGAAUGUUGAAGAGUCUUUAUAAUUUGUUGAUGAUGGCUUUUUGUAUUCUUAGUUAAAGAUAGAAAAGAAAAAAUUUGUAUCAGUUUAUCCAUAAAUAUUCUUUGAUUGGUUCU